AUGAUUUUUCAGCUUCUGGUCAAUUCUGAGAUACCCAUUGAUCAAUUUGCCGCACUCGUGGAACGCACUGUUAAAGCGAAUGCAUCUCCGAACUUGCUUCCAUUUCUUCAUAGAACAGUGCCGGCUUUCAUUGAAGCGAUUGCACAGUGUAGAAUUAACGUCGAAUACCUUCUUCCAUAUUAUUUGAAACCACUUUUGCAGCCGACUGAAACUCGAUCAUAUCAGGACUACUCUACUCCUUCUAGAGAGACUCCAGCCGCAGUCGUGCCCGUUUACCCUGAGGCAACAUGCCAACUCAGCGUUCACAGCUUGCACCCUAACUGCGACUCCUCCCAGACGGCUAGUUGCGAAAACACGUUCACUGAAUCGCUUUCUGACUUAUUUCUGCAUCCGUAUGGUAUGCUGGCAUCUAUUCAAAAAUGUAUGGGUACGAGUUUUUAUGUGGAAGAAGAGGCCCUUCAACUAAUCUCUUAUGCAGCAGAGAAUCACAUUCGCGAGAUUCUCAUUGAAAUGACAGAUGUUGCAGCACACCGCGUAAAAGGCUUAUUGGAACCUGGAAAAACGUAUCGAAAAGUUGUUCGUGUUAUCGCAAGUGAUUUGAAGACUGUUGUGCUUGGUGACAAAAGACUCUUUGGGUAA